UGUGUCUCUCAGGGACUCUCAGCCUGCUGUCCAUCGGCCUGCUUCAUCACUCUGACCAACUUUUGAACCUGCCAACAACCAAGAACAAUGGCCCAGCAACAGCAGAUUAGCUUACCCGCCAAACUAAUCAAUGGAGGGAUUGCAGGUUUGGUAGGAGUCACCUGUGUGUUCCCAAUAGACCUGGCCAAGACCCGCCUCCAGAACCAGCGCAGUGGGCAGAAAUUGUACAAGAACAUGAUGGAUUGCCUUAUUAAAACUGUUAAAUCUGAAGGGUACUUUGGCAUGUACAGAGGUGCUGCAGUAAAUCUUACCUUGGUAACCCCAGAGAAGGCCAUAAAACUAGCAGCUAAUGACUUCUUUCGGCAACAGUUGAGCAACGAUGUUGGCAAGCUUACGGUUUUCAAAGAGAUGCUGGCGGGAUGUUGUGCAGGAAUGUGCCAAGUCAUUGUCACUACGCCAAUGGAGAUGCUUAAGAUUCAGUUGCAAGAUGCAGGCAGACUAGUGGCUCAGCAGAGGGUUAUGCCUAGCAUUGUAAAAACACUUAAGAUGGGGGGGACCAGUGCUGUUUUCAGUCGUUCCUACAACACUGCCCCUACACCUCAAGUCAUGCGUAUGUCUGCCAUAGAAAUAACGAAAGAACUGCUGAGGACCAAAGGAGUUGCGGGUUUAUACAGGGGCCUAGGUGCCACACUGAUGAGGGACAUCCCAUUCUCUGUUGUGUACUUUCCUCUUUUUGCCCAUUUGCAGCAGCUUGGUCAGCAUUCAUCAGAAGAUCCAUCUGUGCCUUUCUAUUGGUCCUUUAUGUCUGGAUGCUUGGCUGGAUCCAUUGCUGCUGUAGCUGUCAGCCCUUGUGACGUGGUGAAGACGAGGUUGCAAUCCCUUAAAAAAGGACCCAAUGAAGAGAGCUACAACGGAGUGGUGGACUGCAUCAGAAAAAUCGUGAGAAAAGAAGGUCCCAGAGCCUUCCUUAAAGGAGCCAGUUGCCGGGCGUUGGUCAUUGCCCCACUCUUUGGCAUUGCCCAGGUUGUUUACUGUGUUGGAGUUGGCGAGUUCCUGCUGGGCUACACCCCCUACAACAUAUACUCUGCAUGAACAAUCUGUCUCUGGGAAUUUAUGGAGGCUUAUUACAAUGCAGGUGCUAUGGACCCAGCUCUUUGCAGCUGUCUAGACUCUUUAUUUGUAGAGGUCUAGAAAUCAAUGCUAAAAGGACCACAAAUAUGCUAUUCAUUAUGCCUUUAGCUUGAUUGUGUUUUACAACUUUAGUCUUCAAAAGAUUAAAAUUGGUACCUAUAAAUCUAUGGGCUUCAGUGGAGCUUACUGCUUCCCUCACUGAGGGACUAUAUUGUCUGAUGAGUGUUUUGCUCAGAAGAAACCAGACCUUUCCCAGUUUUUAGAUUUUAGCCUUACCCCUUAGUGUAACCCUAACCUGCUUAUCAUAUCAGCUGCAUUCUCUUGGCAACCAUAAAGUGAUGUCUUGGAACGGUGGUUCAACAGACUGCAAGCUUAAAACUGAAAUAUAACUUUUAUUUUCUUUUAUAAUGUUACAUGUGAAGCUAAGGUCUGGUGCUUGAUCCUGGUCUUUGUAUAUAUUGCAUAUUUGCUUUUGAAGUUAAAUAACAUUUUCACAUAACUUCUGCCAAAUGAUAGUUCUUUAAUUGUCUCCAUUAAAUAACCAGACAUGGAAGGAUGAGGAAAACAGAUUAAGAGGUCACAGCGUGCAAAGAAAUAAACAUUUGGACCCUCUGUUCACCAGAUUAUUUUAACUGCUCUUUCAAAGAGGACUAUGUUCAGAAUGUUUUCUUAUACUAAAUCACACAGGACAGUUUUUGUUGUUUUAAGUUCAAGAGUUAUAGCUGUGUACUUUAACUGUGCACUGAGGAUCUUAAACUGAAUAGUUCUGUUUAUUUCAUGUGCAGACAUAUUUUUUUGUCAUCAAAUGGCAAAUCUGAGAGCAGUAACUUGUGUGUCCUGUGUUUUUACUAUUCACAAUCUGUGCAACUGAAACUGAAACCAACUUGAAUUUUCCAAGUUCAUGAAAGAGUUUGUUGUUUAAAUAAAAUGCCUAGAUGCAACAAAUGCAAAACA